AUGUGGAAGUUGCGGUGGAAGAACAAAAAGGGCAGGCUGGCGAUUGAGCCGGCGAGCCCCAUCGAAGCUAGAUCCUCCUCCUCUGGUCCAACAGAAGACCGUCCUCACUCCGCCAAUUCCCACACCAACUUCUCCUCCACCUCCUCCACCUCCUCCGCCUCCUGCUCCUCCCUUAAAUCUCACAUCAAAUCCUCCCUCCCCGAAAACCCCCUCAUCUACAACAAGUCGGAUAUCCACGACGCUUUAUUAAGCCGCCUCCCCGGCUUCUCCCGCCGCCGUUCCCUUUGCGGCAAAGACGUCGUCAUUUUCCAGCGCCAGUCCGGCCUCCCACUCUCCUACUCCGACUCCGACUCCGACUCCGACUCCGACCUCUACCACCGCCUCUCCCAGAUCUCCAAAUCCCACCACACCAGCCUCAUCAAGCUCCUCGGUGCCUCCCUCUCCGGCCCCUACAUCUACCUCGUCUACGAAUACGUCCAGGGCGCCAACCUUGCCGACUGCCUCCGCAACCCUAACAACCCCGAAUUCACUGUUUUGUCCACGUGGCUCUCCCGCAUGCAGGUCGCCGCCGACGUCGCCGAUGGCCUCAAUUACAUGCACCACUCGUCCGGUGACAACUCUGUCCACAACCACAUCAAAUCCUCCAACAUCAUCGUCUCCGAGCAGAAAAACCUCCAGCUCAGAGCCAAGAUCUGCCAUUUCGCCACCGCCGCUCUCUGCUGCAAGACACAGUCUCUGUCCGCGACGGUGGAGGGCACCAGAGUGUACAUGGCGCCCGAGGCGCAGCUGACGCACAAGUGCGAUGUUUAUGCCUUCGGGGUUGUGCUUCUGGAGUUGAUUUCAGGGGAGGAGCCAUUGAUGGACGGCAAUGGAGGAGGAGGUGGAGGAGGGUGUAGGAGGGUGAGUGUGAUCGAGAAGGGGAGGGAGGCUGUGAGUAGCGGCAGCGGGGUGAGGAGGUGGGUGGAUCGAAGGUUGAAGGACUCCUUUCCGGAGGAGGUGGCGGAGAAGAUGGUGAAGGUGGCGUUGCAGUGUGUCAAGGAGGAUCCGGACAGCAGACCCGACAUGGGUCGGGUUGCUGGUUGGGUUUCGAAUCUGUUUUUGGAGUCGGAGAGUUGGGAAAAGGAGAUGGCCCCGCCUAUUGACAUGACAAUUUCAUUGGCCCCUCGGUGA